UGAUUGGCAUGUACUACUGGCCAGAGGCAGAAGGUAGGGGGAGCUGAUAUAUGUGCCUGAGAAUAUUUUAAGAAGAAACAUCCCUUCAGUCACUGCAGACCAUAGUGUAUUGACAUACGAAUUUACUUAAAAUAGCAGCUCCUAAGAGACGUGGAAGGUGUACUAACUUACUCGACAUUUCUUUAGCGUAUUUUCCAUUCUCACCUAUUUUAGUCAUGGAACCGUCCUAACUGCUUGACCUUUUCAAGAUGGCGGUCAGCGGACGCCGCGCUCGGGCUCGCGCACCUCCCCAAGAUGGCGGCGCCCGAGGCCUGGCGCGCCCGGAGUUGCUGGUUCUGUGAGGUAGCGGCGGCAACGACCAUGGAGGCCACGUCCCGGGAGGCGGCGCCAGCGAAGAGCUCGGCCUCGGGCCCCAGCGCUCCCCCCGCCCUGUUCGAGCUGUGCGGGCGGGCGGUGAGCGCCCAUAUGGGGGUUCUGGAGAGCGGGGUGUGGGCUCUCCCUGGCCCAAUACUUCAAAGUAUCUUACCUCUGCUUAAUAUAUACUACUUGGAGAGGAUUGAAGAAACUGCCCUCAAGAAAGGCCUCUCCACUCAGGCCAUCUGGCGCCGACUCUGGGAUGAACUGAUGAAGACAAGGCCUUCCAGUCUGGAAAGUGUGACCUGUUGGCGGGCCAAGUUCAUGGAAGCCUUUUUCUCCCAUGUUCUACGUGGGACUAUCGAUGUGUCUUCUGAUAGACGUCUUUGUGACCAGCGAUUCUCCCCUCUGCUACACAGCUCCCGCCACGUGCGGCAGCUCACCAUCUGCAACAUGCUGCAGGGAGCGACAGAGCUGGUAGCUGAGCCCAACCGCAGGGUUCUGGAGACCCUGGCUAGUUCUCUGCACACCCUCAAGUUCCGCCACCUGCUGUUCUCUGAUGUGGCAGCUCAGCAGUCACUCCGGCAGCUGUUGCAUCAGCUCAUUCACCACGGGGCUGUCAGCCAAGUGUCGCUAUACUCCUGGCCUGUGCCGGAGUCAGCUCUUUUCAUCCUUAUCCUUACCAUGAGUGCUGGCUUCUGGCAACCAGGCCCUGGUGGCCUGCCCUGUCGCCUCUGUGGAGAGGCCGCUCGAGGCCGGGCCCCAUCCCGAGAGGAAGGGUCCCUCUUGCUGGGCUCUCGCCGGCCUCGCCGAGAUGCUGCUGAGCGAUGUGCUGCAGCCCUGAUGGCCACUCGACGGAAGAGUGAAGCCAAGCAGAUGCUGAGAGCUGCACCUGCCACAAGAGUAACACGCCGGAGCGCACAGGAGAGCCUGACAGCAGGCGGGACAGACCCUAAGAGGGAGCUGCACCUUCCAGCCACCUCUGAGGCUCCUGGCACCAAGCGACCACCCACUGCUCUAGCUGCCACCUCCUCUGCCUCUGCUUCCUCUUCCACAUCCUCAACCAAACGAGCUCCAGCCAGCUCCACACCACAGCCCAAGCCCUUAAAGCGUUUCAAGCGAGCUGCAGGGAAGAAGGGUGCACGCACCCGCCAAGGGUCUGGUGCAGAGUCUGAAGACCUGUAUGACUUUGUUUUUAUCGUGGCUGGUGAGAAGGAGGAUGGUGAGGAGAUGGAGAUCGGGGAAGUGGCUUGUGGAGCUUUGGAUGGAUCAGAUCCUGGCUGCCUGGGGCUUCCAGCACUGGAGACCUCACAGAGAUUCCGCAGCAUUUCCACCUUGGAGCUGUUCACAGUUCCGCUCUCCACAGAGGCAGCUCUGACACUAUGCCACCUGCUGAGCACCUGGGUGUCUCUGGAGAGCCUCACACUCUCCUACAAUGGCCUGGGUUCUAAUAUCUUCCGCCUGCUGGACAGCCUGAGGGCCUUGUCAGGCCAGGCUGGAUGCCGCCUCCGGGCCUUACAUCUCAGUGACCUGUUCUCACCACUGCCCAUCCUGGAGCUGACACGUGCCAUCGUGCGAGCCCUGCCCCUGCUGCGGGUCCUGUCUAUCCGUGUUGACCACCCAAGCCAGCGGGAGAACCCUGCUGUACCAGGGAAUGCUGGGCCCCCUUGCCACAUAAUUGGGGAUGAGGAGAUUCCAGAAAACUGCUUGGAGCAGCUGGAGAUGGGAUUUCCAAGGGGAGCUCAGCCAGCUCCACUGCUCUGUUCCGUACUGAAGGCCUCAGGUUCUCUGCAGCAGCUGUCCUUGGAUAGUGCCACCUUCGCCUCUCCCCAGGAUUUUGGGCUUGUGUUGCAAACACUCAAAGAAUACAACUCGGCGCUGAAGAGGCUGAGCUUCCAUGACAUGAAUCUGGCCGACUGUCAGGGUGAGGUGCUGUUUUUGCUACAGAAUCUGACUCUUCAAGAGAUUACCUUCUCCUUCUGCCGUCUGUUUGAGAAGCGUCCAGCACAAUUUCUGCCUGAGAUGGUUGCUGCUAUGAAGGGCAACUCCACACUGAAGGGCCUUCGGCUGCCAGGGAACCGCCUGGGAAAUGCUGGCCUGCUGGCCCUGGCAGAUGUUUUCUCAGAGGAUUCAUCCUCCUCUCUCUGUCAGCUGGACAUCAGUUCCAACUGCAUCAAACCAGAUGGGCUUCUGGAAUUUGCGAAGCGACUGGAGCGCUGGGGCCGUGGAGCCUUUGGUCACCUGCGCCUCUUCCAGAACUGGUUGGACCAGGACGCAGUCACAGCCAGGGAAGCCAUCCGACGGCUUAGGGCUACCUGUCACGUGGUCAGCGACUCGUGGGACUCCUCCCAGGCCUUCGCAGAUUACGUCAGCACCAUGUGAUGGGAGCCCAUACCUCACAUGCCCAUGCUCAGUACCAUCAGCUUGUAGGGGCUGAGGCAUGGGGUGCCCAGAAUCCCAAACCAUCAAUUCUGUCUUUCUCUUUCUGCCACCUUUUCCCUCUUUUUUCCAUGCCCCCUUGCACUGAGGUCCUGGAGGCGUUGAUGGAACCCAGCAAAGGCAGCUGGGUUUAGAGCUUUUGGGUCCCACACUCAGUACCCUGGCAACCCUGGGCCAAGAGGUUACAGUGGUCAUUGGUCACUGAGGGGUCUCUUACCCAUGCACUAGAGUUCCUACCUUCCCCCUUCAAGCAGGUACCCAGGAUUUAGAGAAAUGUAGGAGACCCACUACCAGGCCUCUUCCUUGCUGGGCUUACCACUCUGCUUCCGGGCCUCAGUCCCUUUCAUACCUUUAUUCCUUUCUUUUUUUUAACCAAAAGUUUUUCUUAUAAAAUAAAUUUUGGGCAAACAUCA